GCAAGGAAGAAAGAUCCAAGCUUGGCGUGCUCCAUUAAAAAGGCACUCUCAAUUCUUCUCAGGCCAAAACUAAACCUGCCCCCGGCCAGGCCGCGUCUUCUUCUUCUUCUUCCUCCAGACCUUCACGGGGUGGCCGGCGGCAGAGGUCGGAGGGCGAUGGGGCACGGGCUGAGCUGCGGCCGCGACGGCGAGGAGCACGAGUUCUUCCGGGCGGCGCAGUCCGGCGACGCCGACGCCAUGGACGGCCUCCUCGCCGGCGACCCGUCGCUGGCCCGCCGCGCCACCAUCUACGACCGGCUGACGCCGCUCCACGUGGCGGCCGCCAACGGGCACCUGGAGGCGGUGUCCCUGCUCCUGGACCGGGGGCGGGCGGCGCCGGACGCGCUGAGCCGGACCAAGCAGACGCCGCUCAUGCUCGCCGCCAUGCACGGCAAGCUCGACUGCGUCCUCCGCCUCCUCCACGCCGGCGCCAAUAUCUUGAUGUUCGAUUCGGUGCACGCCAGGAGCUGCCUGCACCACGCGGCGUACUACGGCCACGGGGACUGCCUGGCGGCGAUCCUGGCGGCGGCGCGGACGGCGCCGGUGGCGGCGUCGUGGGGCUUCGCACGCUUCGUCAACGUCCGCGACGAGCACGGCGCCACGCCGCUCCACCUGGCGGCGAGGCACGGGCGCGCCGGGUGCGUGCACGCGCUCCUCGACGCCGGCGCCAUCGUGUCGGCGCCGACGGGGUCCUACGGGUUCCCCGGGAGCACGGCGCUGCACCUGGCGGCGCGCGGCGGGUCCCUGGAGUGCGUCAGGGAGCUGCUGGCGUGGGGCGCCGACAGGGUGCAGCGGGACUCGGCGGGGAGGAUCGCGUACGCGGUGGCCGUGAAGCGGCGGCAUGGCGGGUGCGCGGCGGCGCUGGACCCCGGCGCGGCGGAGCCCAUGGUGUGGCCGUCCCCGCUCAAGCUCGUCGCCGAGCUCGACGCCGGCGCCAGGGCGCUCCUCCAGGCCGCGCUCGCCGACGCCAACAAGAAGAUCCUCACACGCCUCAAGGCCUCCGGCAACACCUCCGCCGGCCGCGAGGAAGAAGAAGAAGAGGAAGAAGAGGAUGAGGAAUUGUGCAGCAUCUGCUUCGAACAGGCGUGCAGCAUGGAGGUGGAGGACUGCGGGCACCGGAUGUGCGCGGCGUGCACGCUGGCGCUCUGCUGCCACAGCAAGCCUAACCCGGCCACGUUCACCGCGAACCCGCCGGCGUGCCCGUUCUGCCGCACCUCCAUCUCCCGCCUCGUUGUCGCCGAGUCCAAGGCCAAGGCCAAGGCGGUGGCGAUCACCGGCGAUGAGCUUGAGGAGAAGGCGGCGGCGAUGGUGGGAUCGCCGCGGCUGAGCCGGAGGCGGUCCAGCAGCUUCAAGGGGCUGUCGUCCGCCGUGGUGGGGUCGCUGUCGUGCAAGAUCGGCCGCGGCUCCGGCAGGUUGGCCGGUGACAGCAACGGCGGCGGGGGCGGCUUCCUCGACAAGCCUGAGCACGACCCAUGAUCAUGAUGAAUGAAUGAGCGUGACAGAAGAAGAGAGCAUUUUGGAGCAGAGCAGUAGGCUCAAGUGAAGCAAAACUGCCGCCAUUUUUUUGUGAAGAUGGUCCCAGACGAUGAUCAUGGAACAACCGAGUUUCCCCAUUGCAUCCAUCAGAACUCGUGAUCAAGAUCCUGGCUGGGUACUACAUGGGUCAUCAAAAUAUCAAGGUUUUACCAUAUGGGCCGUUACCAUAUAUACUCGGUAGUGUAAUUUACAGCAUUAGCAGAUUAGGAAAUUGAAUUGUCAGUCUUGCGCUUGCUUAUUGGUUAUUUUUGGCUUGGCAUGUUUUGGUUUGAUCCAUUCCAUUGUAUUGUAGUACUAGUACUAUUGUAUUUGUAUGUAUGUACCAUCAUCAUUCAUGUUAUAGAGUCAAUCAUCCAUUGGCUAGAUUGCAAUGAGACGCCAAGUGGUUUUUUUUUUC